UUACUGGCUAGUUUAUGUCAGGUGGUAAUGCUGACCUGUGAACAACACUUGGUCCCUGUUGAGGUUCAAGUUGUUUUUCAGUCCUUCCCCUCAACUCCAGAGCCAGACACAUUCUCAGUCGCCUGCAGGACUGCAAGUAACCACCUUGUGUACGUGGAGCCCAUCAAUCAAUCAGCAUGCUCUCCAGACUGCAGAAUGACACUGCGAUUGAUCGAGGACCAGAGAGGAUACACCAUCACACUGAGAUCCAGCAGAAAUGACACCACUCUUGAGACAAAGAUGUUUCAUUUUAUUCCAGUCCCCCUGUCUUCUCUCCAUCUGAACACCACUACCACGUCCGCUCUCCUGACAUGGAAACUUCAGAAACAACAAAGCCUCUCCACCCUGAGUUUAUACAACGCUCACACACAAACUGUAACACACAUGAACAUCAACUCUUCACGUACAAAAUCUGAGUACACCGUGAGAGGUCUCCAGCCUGGCUCACACUUCAAGGUCAAAGUUGUGGUUGCUACGCAGCUCAAACACCUUUAUUUGUCCUUGAAGCAGAUACUCUGCAUCGGCAUGGAAACAGCUCAGUGCCCCCCUGGCUGGUUGGCCAAUGGGAGAAGCUGCUACAUCGUGAGAAGAACAGGUUUAACCUGGAGGGAAGCCCAGCUCAGCUGCAGACACCUGGCAGCUGGAAGUCACCUGGCUGACCUGAAGACCUCAGAAAAUCAGUUUUUUAUAUUUUCUCACCUGCUGAGCCAAAACAACCUGCUGCUGCUGUGGACUGGCCUCAACGACAAGCAGAUGGAGGGGCGACCUCUGUGGUCUGAUGGCUCAGCCUAUAACCUGACCAAAGCUGUGAUGUCAUCACUGCCAGCCAAUGAGACGGACUGUUUCGCUCUUCAGAUGAAUGCCACAGGACCUGGAUACUUUCUUACUCCAUUUUUCUGUAACAUCCCCUUACCCUUCAUCUGCCAGUUCCAGACCCCUCCAGUCUCUGCCUUUUUCUCCUUCGACCUGGUUCAGGUGACAGAGCAUCAUGUCGAGCUUCGAUGGAGUGACCUCUUCUCCUUAAACUCACUUAAUCUUUCCUCUUUUGGGAUAUCCCUUCAGUAUCAAGAGGAGGCUAUCAAAGAGUUGGGACAAGUGGGGGAAGAUAAAGACAAAAAGGUGACACAGAGCAAGAGUGGUAUUAAAAAGAUUGUCAGGGUCCCAAUUUCCCUCUCUUCCAGAGGGGUGACUGUGGCAGGUUUGUCUCCAGGGAGUGUCUACUCCUUCACUCUUCUAGCCUCUCACCCUGCAGGCCCCACCUGGAGCUUGGCACAAACACAGACUGCCUUUACUAGACCUCUUCCUCCUCAAAAUAUAACUGUCGGCCUCGUUACUGUCAGUCAGAUUAGUGUGCACUGGAUGCAGACAGACGCACAGUUUAAGAUGGGAUGUACAUUUGUUGUGCGCUACGUGGACUUGACUUCAAAUCUAGAGAGAAUAGUUGGAAUGCGCAACAUCUCCAUGUUACCUGAAGCGGUUGGGUUGCAGUCGUACGCCGCUGGGAUUGGAGGUCUUAAGUCCUACAGGAGAUACAUGGUUGAAGUGUACACAGUCACCCAGCAUGGGAUAGAGAGCUGUGGACAGACACCUGUGACUGUAUGGACUGAGAUGGAGGCCCCUUGUGGUCUUGCUGUAUCAAGUGCGACAGGAACUCUGACAGCGUGUUGGUCCAGUCCGCCUGAUGACCCACCAGACGGUUAUAAUGUCACAUCCCAACCCCUCGUUGACCCCACAUCAAGUUCACGGUCUUCUCUGUGGAUAAACCAGUCCAGUCCUGCAGCACUCUGGGUUAAUGAGUCUGUGUGUGUUGAUGUGGGCUCAUUUACUCCAGGCCAGACUUAUGAAGUUGGAGUGGUCUCACUGAUUGGAAAGGACAAGAGCAAGAGGACCAGCAUUAAACAUACCACAAAGCCCCUGCCAGUUCAGGUAGCGGUCCCUCUUUCAGUGGGCACAAACUCUGCACAGUUGUUCGUCCAGCAUCAGCUGGGUGUGAUCGAUGGAGUCACAGUGUGUGUGUGUCCAGGAGUGUGUGACACUGCUUGUGAGGGAACAUGUGGGUACACGUGUGACUGGUACUCCCUGCCUGCUGGUGUCCAUCUCAUAAGUCUAGUCAGCCUCAGCCCAGGAUCUGAGUACCAGCUGGGGGUGUACAGCACCAGCAGAGAACAGUUGGGAGCACCUUACUACACGCAUCCCUUUAAAACAGGUCUGGCUCCUCCUAUCAGAGUGAGGGAGGGUGUGGUCACAGAGUCGUCCAUAGAGCUGGUUUGGGACCCAGCUGAAGGACUGACUCACAUCUACGAGGUCAUCUGCCUCAACUGUGACCAUUCACACAUGGUGCAGAAAGUGUUCAAUGAGAGUGCAACAUUUUCAAGUCUGACUCCAGGCGGCCUCUACCACUUUUCAAUACGAACAGAGAAGGAGUCCUUCACAGACAGUUCACCCAUCAAUAUCAAUAUCACAGCAGCUCCCGCUUCAGUCGAGGUGUCACUCGUCAAUAAAACCACAUCAUCCCUGUGCGUUUGCUGGAGCAUGGUCAGGGGAGUGGUGAGCACACUCAUCCUGUCAUUAAAAAACACAACGUCAAGUCAUGAGCUGAUCGUCUCUUAUCAGGAGCCAAGAUAUUACUGCUUUGAAGGCCUCGCUCCUGGAAGCCUGUACACAGCUGAAGUUAUUAGCACCAGCAGGGAAAGAAGGAGUAAACCUUCUACUUUAACCCUCCAUACAAAGCCUGGAGAGCCACAAGAAGUGAGUCUUUCAGAGCAGGCAGUGACUUUGGUGUUUGUCACCUGGAGCCCACCACCAGGGCAGGUGGAGGGGUACAAGCUUGUUUUUGGCCUGCUUUCUAUGGACAGGAAGUUGUGGAUUGAGGUGCUUCUCCGGGGCACAAAUUAUGAGAUUAGAAAACUGAUCCCAGGGUCAGACUACGGUGUGAGUGUUUGGAGUCUGCUGGACUCAGACACCAGUCAGGAGGUGCACAGAGAGUUCAGCACACGACCAGCAGGAAUAUGCACCCUCCAUGUCGGAAACGUCAACACUUCUUCCGUGUCUGUGAGCUGGGAUAGUGCGCUUGGAGGGUUUGACUUCCACAGAGUCACGGUGGCCAACACCUCCGCCGCGAACACACUCACCGUACCCAAGGAGGAGCGGGUUGCUGUGGUUACGGGACUGGUGGACGGCUGCAGCUACAACGUGAGCGCUGAGAGAGUGAGGGGAGUGACCGCGGGGAGCGCUGCCUUUCUUACUGUCACCACAGUGCCGGCACGUGUGCGAGGACUGCGUGAGAUGAAUGUGUCUGCACGUGAGUUCUCGCUGCGUUGGGAGCAGGCAGAGGGGUGUGUGGAUCAUUAUCAAGUGAGACUGCUGCCAAACCAAGGAAAAGUCACAGUGCACCCCGCACGUGAUGGAUACAUACAGGCUGAUGUGGUGAGUGUGAGUCCAGGCACACAAUACACUGCAACAGUCACAGUAUCCUCGUCUUCAGUCAUCAGCCCUGGAGUCAGCCGCAUGAUCAAUACCAAUGAGAGCGUCCCUGGUCCACCUUCAAGUCUUGAAGGAGAGGCUGUUGGUUCUAACGGUAUCCUGCUCUCCUGGACGAUGCCAUCUGAUGCGAAAAAUAUCGACGGAUAUGUCAUCAGGUACAAGGAGGUGUGUCCCUAUCCUGAUCCCACCUUCACACAGGUGACCAAGUACCUGGACAUACCAGAGACCCUGCUCACUGACUUCACCUCGGGUUCAACAUACCACAUUGAGGUAGCAGCCAUUUCUCCAGUUGGAAUCGGGGCCUUCAGCAAGUCUUUGUACAUAAAGACAGCUGAGUCCCCUCCUGGUUUGGUGACCAACUUGACAGCAUUCGCUCAAAACCACACCAACGUCAUGGUAACCUGGUUCCUACCACACCGCAUCAACGGCCUUAUCACAAAGUUUGCUGUCAAGGCUAAACACGCCCGUACUGGGCAGACGGUCCGUACAUUGGAGGUCAAUGCAGAGGACAUCAUGACCGGAGCACUUCCACACUGCAACGAUGCAGCAGACAUCCUUUCCCGUGCAACUCCCAGUCCCUUUGAGAUAACAGCGCCAUCAUCCCCCAUCACCCACUCAGCUGUACCCCCUGCAGCCUCCUGGAGUGUCCCCAUAUCAGUGGGAGUCGACCAGCUACGACCUUACACUGCGUAUCUCUUCGAGGUGUCUGCCUUCACCUCUGACGGAGAGGGACAGAUAGCCUCCACUAUGGUUCGCAUGCCAGAAUCAGCCCCAGAAGACCCGCCACAAAACUUGAAUAUAUUGACUAUGACAUCCAGAUCAAUCUCUGUGUCCUGGAGCUCUCCCAGCAUCAUUACAGGGAAAUUUAGCUACAUGCUCUACCUUUAUGGACCUACAGGAUAUUUGUAUGAAAACAGCACAGGAGACAUGCAGUUUUCUUUUACUGGUUUGACCCCCUACACAAGCUAUACGGUGGCUGUCCGAGCAAAAGCUGCUGGAGAGGUGGGUCCAGCAGCUGAGCAGGAUGUAAUUACACCCCCUGAAGCACCAAGUGCGGUGCAGGAGUUGAAGGCGGUGGCUGAGGAUUCAGUUUCUAUCCGUGUGAGUUGGAAAAGCCCUGCCGAGCCCAACGGUCGCAUCACCCAGUACAAAUUGCAGGUGCUGGCUGAGGAGGUCCUGCUGCAGCAUAUAACCCUCACCUCAGAAAUGAACGCAACUGGUAUGUAUGAGGAUGAUACCCAACCUCCUGAUGUCCCGAACAAUGCAAGGCGUAAGAGGAACGCCGAGCUCAGUGAGAUGACGUCCGCGCCGACUUUUACAGCAACUCUUUCAGCUCGCAGACUGCCCACCGCGGUUACUGCUUCCGCUUUCACACGUUUCUGGCUAAGAAGCGCCGACCACAUUACUAACACUGAAGAUCAACCAGCUGCUGACUCCAUGAUCUCUGAUGAUUCCAGCAUCACUUCAGUCACUUCUUUAGCCGCUAACAGCGAAGAUAUUCAAUCUACCGUAGUGACUGCUGCAUUUUCUUUUACAUCUGUGCCACCUGCUUCACUUCCACCCUGGCUUACAAAGCAAUCAAAUUCUCAGGAUAUGACCUCAGACUCCUCACAAUUGGCUCUGACCCCGGGCCAGCUCCGCAUAUCCACACAUGAUGCAUCCAUAACAGGACACUUUUCAACACGCAUUGCAGCAGCCUCUGGUAGCACAGGCGUGACAGUGAGAGAGGAGGUGAUGGACGUUCUGUCUGAGGAGCUGUCUUACCUGGUGGCAGAUCUGAAUCCCUUCACUGAGUACACAUUCAGGGUCACUGCGUCUACCACUGUGGGAGAAGGUCCUGCGAGGGACAUUACUGAGAAGACAAGGGAGCAGGUCCCUAGCUCGGUGCUGGAAGUGUCUUAUCAAAACAUCAGCUCCACAUCCAUACUAGUGACCUGGGUGCCACCUCUUAACCCCAAUGGGCUGAUCACACAUUACGCUGUCUAUGGCCUCAACCUGCGCAGUAAUCGAGCCCUGCAGUGGGUUUCUGACACCACCAGCAUACUGAUAACAGAUCUGGACAAAUAUACUGGUUAUAAGCUACGUGUAGCUGCGUCUACAGCUGUCGGAGAGAGCUCUCUGUCUGAGGAAGACGACAUCUUUGUUUACACCUUAGAGGAUGAGCCCGACUCCCCUCCCGUGGACCUCAUGGUGGAUGACACCAGCCCCUCCACCGCUACAUUGACCUGGUCCUCACCUGAGAAAGCCAACGGAGUGAUCCAAUAUUAUGAGGUCACGUAUGAGAACGAGUCCUACUCCGCGUUGAUGAACACGACCUCUAACACGGUCACUCUGAUCGACCUGAAGCCGUUCUCACACUACAACGUAUCUGUGAGGGCGUACACGCGCUACGGCCACGGCAACCAGACAUCAGAAAUGUUAUACCUGCUGUCCGGAGAGGACGUCCCCGGCAGUCCUCCUUAUGGUGUGGCUUACGAGUCGGUCAGUCCCAGCGAGGUGAACAUAACCUGGCAGCCCCCUCUGCUACCUAACGGAGUGAUUACCCACUACAGCCUGGAGCUUUGGAAUUCAAGUCACUACUUGAACUUCACCUCACCAACCAACAGCCUCCACAUCACACACCUGAGGAAGUACGCACACUACCGCGUCGCGGUGCAAACGCACACACGUGUCGGGCCCGGGAACUACAGCAGCGAGCCGCUCAACAUCACCACACUGGAGGAUGCUCCAGACACGCCACCUCAGUUCCUCCGGGCCACAAAGUUGUCAGACUAUGAGGUAGAAUUGUCAUGGCAACCGCCACCUGAAGCCAAUUCAAAAGUACUCUACUACAUUGUCAGAGUUUGGAAUGAAACAACUGAGCUGUGGCAGAAUGUAACUCAGACAUCUGUGGUUAUAAACGUAGACUCACAGAGCCUCUACAACGCCUCUGUGUCCAGCUGGACCAGGCUAGGAGACGGAGGGGUACUGAUCUACAUCAGCUUUACCACCACUGACGCAGAACCAUGACCCCCGCAGAAUGUGACUUUUGUAAAUGUGACCGCCUCCUCCGUCACCUUGCUGUGGCAUCCACCCACUGAACCCAAUGGCAUCGUUGUACUUUACACUAUUUUCUACUCUGAUAACAACACUGUGAAUAUGCAGAGAGUUCCUGUUUCCACAUUACCUGCCCCGGCCUCUCCUGGUUCAGCCCUCUCCUACACUCUGACCCGGCUGGUUGGGGGCACAAACUACUCCCUGUGGAUGACCUCCAGCACCGUGCAGGGGGACGGAGGGGUCCGGAGUGAUCCGAUAAUCAUCUUCUUACCGGAGGACGUGCCAAGCGACUCGGUCAAAAAUCUGUCGGCUCAGAUCUUCAGCUCCACAGCCAUCAUCGUCAGCUGGGACCCUCCCCUUGAGCCCAAUGGCCGUCCCUACUACCUGCUCACCUUACAGGAGGCCGGCAUCAUCCCAAACGUAUCCGUCCAAGGGGCCCCGGCUGUCAACAAGACCAUCAAGCAUACCACGACUGACACUGUCUUCCUAUUCACCAGACUCAGGAAGUAUUUCCCUUAUGUGUUCACUGUUACCCCUGCAACUGGUGCUGGCCCUGCCUACAACCAUAUCAGCACAAUGGACCUGAGAACAGACGAUGAUAUUCCUAGUUCUGCUCCAUUGCUGGUAUCCACCAGGAAUCUGUCAUCCUCCUCUAUCAGAGUGGUCUGGAAGCGCCCUCUGGAGGCCAACGGCGAGAUAACUGAGUAUACCCUCACUCUCAUUGGCCCAGGAGGAUCCAACACAACCCAAACCCCCAGCACCAUGUCCAUUCUUACCGACCUACUGCCAUACACCGCUUAUAAUCUCACUAUCACUGCUGCAACUCGCAAAGGCUCAGGGCCUAACCUGCUGCUGCAGCUGCACACUGAUGAAGGAGGCCCCAUGUCCCCUCCUCGUAACCUGACUAUUUACAACCACACUGCCGUCUCUGUGUGGCUGAGCUGGGAGCUGCCCCUGGAGCCCAAUGGAGUGGUGAUACAGUACGGCUUCAGGAUCCGAGACCUCAUCACACACACUGUCACACACAGGAAUUCCUCAGGUCCUUCAACAACAGAGUAUCUAUCAGGCUUCAGGCCUCAUAGCUCCUAUGAGAUCAGUGUUUACAGUUACACCAGGGUGGGCCAUGGGAAUCAGUUCAGCAGCCCGGUGACCUUCAAAACUAAUGAGUCAGUGUCUGACGCUGUGGGUAACCUGUCUUGCUCCGGUGUCAGCUGGGAUUCAGUUCAGCUGUCUUGGGAACCUCCAGCCAAACCUAAUGGGCAGAUUCUUUUUUAUGAGAUUCUUCUGGAGGUAGACUCACAGUCCUACACACACCAGGCUCCCAUACCAGAGUACACCGUGAUGGGGCUUUUGCCAGACCAGGAGUAUGCACUCACAGUGACUGCAGUGAACUCUGCCGGACCUGGAGACAGUGUAAACUGUACUGCCGCCACUCUUUCUGAAUCAGCCCCUGCUGCCCCUCGCUUCCUCACCGUCUCUCAGAUCACAACAAACAAUGUGACACUUCGGUGGGCGCCGCCGCUCUCUAUUCCAGGCCUGCUGAAAGAGUACCACAUCAUUGCACAGCUGCUUUCCACUGUUUGUGAACCAAACAUGCUGACUACUGCACAGCCAGACCCAGAGGACGAACUGACCCCAGACUGCGUGGACUCUGAGUCCUCGGUGUCGUCGAACGCUUCGGAUGGCACAGAAGAGAACCACAGCGUCACACUUCAAUCGCUGGCUAAAUACAGAUACUACCGCUUUAAAGUGGCAGCUGUGACCAACGCUGGGGUUGGAGAAUAUACUAACUGGAACUAUGCACGCACCCUGGCUGGAAACCCUGAUGACCCUCCUCGUGACCUGAAAGUGACUCGCACCUCCAACAGCCUUCGCAUUGAGUGGGACACUCCAGCUGUUCUCUCUGGACCGACCUCAUAUCUCGUGCAGGUUGAGGGUUCUGAUUUGAACAUCUCAACGGUUCGAGCUCCGGGAGAGUUGAUGACCGUCGUUGUGACUAACUUAACCGCUUUCACUCGUUACUAUGUCACUAUCACUGCCUUCACUGGUCCCCUGGAGCACGCCGCUGGGGACGGGAAGGCCAUCGGACCGAUUGAGUUUCAAACACUGGAGGAAGAACCCAAAGACCCUCCCAAGAAUGUGAUCUUAUCGGUUAUCCCAGAGGAAGUGAACCGUGUGAAGGUGACUUUUGCCCCUCCAGAGGAGCCCAAUGGAAACAUAACGGACUACUUUGUGUAUAUCUAUGAAAAGGGCCGGCUGGUGAAGAACACCAGCCUUAACAUCACCCAGAGAGAUCAAAACAUGCUUACUGGAGUCAUAGAGGGCCUGAAGGGAGGACACAGCUACAGUAUACAGAUUUCAGCAAAGAACGGGGCAGGUAGAAGCCCACCGAGCCCACACGUCCAGAUCACCACAGGGAUCAAAGCACCGGCCAAGCCAACCCAAAGACCCCAGGCAGUGCUGGGCCAUGGAGGGGUUGCUAUGGUAACCCACAGGAGUAUCACCAUCCGCAUGCCUGCCUGUUUCUAUAGUGACGACAAUGGACCAAUCACAAAAAUCCAGGUCAUCGUAGCCGAGUCAGGGGUGAAGGACAUGCUGAACCUGACCAACUGGAAGAAUGCUUUCUUUCUCCGUCCUGCCCCAUACCUGACUGACAAGGGGUUCCCCAACCCGCCGUGUUUACUGAGGGACGGGGCAUCACACCCGGAUACACACGACAGAGCCGGUCACAGAGUGUCCAGAGACGUCCGGCCUCAAGUGAGAUUCAAUCAAACUACGUCAGGAGCGUACGUGAUCGGAGGGAAUGAUGACUGCUUGAAGGAGAACAACACUGACAAUUUGUGCAAUGGACCUCUGAAGCCAAACACAGUCUAUGUGUUUAAGUUUAGAGGAACAAACAUCAAUGGCCAAUCCACAGAUUCUGAGUACUCUGAGCAUGUCAAAACUGCAGUGGAUGGAUGGCUGACCAGAGAUGAGCAGAUCAUUCUGGGGGUUCUGCUCUCCUUCUUCUUAUCUGUUUUACUCAUCAUGAUCAUCUGUGGCUCAGUCAAGAUCCAUCAGCGCAAGAAAGAGGGUGGUACCUACUCACCCAGAGAGGCUGAGAUCAUAGAGACCAAGUGUAAACUGGAUCAGCUGAUCGCUGUGGCAGAUCUGGAGCUGAAACAAGAAAAACUCAACCGGUAUUCUUCCUUCUUCUUUAGGCGGAAAGAGAUUUAUGUGAUCCAGUUGCUCAGCUACCGGAAAUCAUUGAAGCCUGUGAACAAGAAGUCUUUUCUGCAGCACGUAGAGGAUCUUUGUAACAAUGACAAUUCCAAGUUCCUGGAAGAGUUUGCUGAGCUCCCAAAACUGCUGCAGGACCUGGCAACCACAGACGCUGACCUGCCCUGGAACAAAUCCAAAAACCGCUUCCCCAACAUCAAACCUUACAACAACAACCGAGUGAAACUGCUGUCAGAACCGGGCACUGCAGGCUCUGACUACAUCAAUGCCAGCUUUGUCUCAGGCUACCUUUGUCCCAAUGAGUUCAUCGUCACCCAGGGUCCUCUGCCUGGCACUGUGGCAGAUUUCUGGAGGAUGAUCUGGGAAACGGGAACUCACACCAUCGCCAUGCUCACACAGUGUUACGAGAAAGGCAGAAUUCGGUGUCAUAAGUACUGGCCAGAGGACAAUAAGCCAAUGUCCGUGUUUAGUGACAUUCUCAUCUCCAAAGUGUCAGAGGAAGUCUUUCCUGACUGGACUGUCAGAACCCUCAAAGUAGAAAAGCACGGCCACUACAUUUUGGUGCGUCACUUUAACUACACAUCGUGGCCUGAGCACGGCGUCCCAGAGUCCUGCAGCACCCUCAUCAAGUUUGUCAAAGCUGUUCGAGCCCACCGACACGACAACAGCACCAUAGUGGUCCACUGCAGUGCUGGUGUGGGGAGAACAGGUGUGUUUGUUGCUCUGGACCACCUCAUUCAGCACGUCAGAGAUCACGACUUUGUGGAUAUAUAUGGCCUGGUGGCUGAACUCCGCAGUGAGAGGAUGUGUAUGGUGCAGAAUCUGGCCCAGUACAUCUUCCUGCACCAAAGUACGCUGGAACUUCUGAACAACAAAGGAAACAGCCAAUCCAUCUGGUUUGUCAGCUACUCUGCUCUGGAGAAAAUGGACUCGCUGGACGCCAUGGAAGGUGAUGUUGAACUGGAAUGGGAAGAGACCACUAUGUGAGGGACACUCUGACAGGAAGGAGAGAGACAUUUGUAUGAUUUUUUUUAAAGGUCACUUGGAUGUGAUCUGUGCACAGAACACCUCCAUGACUCAACGUUAGAGGGAGCAGGAGGAGAUGAACAGCACAGUCUGAACUCAACAGCUUUCCAGUCGACUAAGACUUCGUCGCUCCACUUCCGCCCACUUCUCAGCACGGUCUUACCGUUAAUGAACCUCUUGUCCUCUUGUUUAUCAAAGAAAAAGAGAAAUACAGAGAGGAGACAGGGACAAACGUAACCAAGUACGUCGGGGAGAAAACAUUGAAACGUUGAACUGACCGUCAAAG